CAGAAAUUCUGAGUCAGAAUGAAUAACGGAGCAGGUUCUCUGAAAGUGGUUUGUGUUUGGGUGGCGGUUCUGUUGCAAAGCUUGGACGCACAGAACCAUGUACCGAAAACACCAAAAACACAUGCAGCUGGUUUGGCUUGCCAGCUGAGAGAGCUGACAAUCCUCGUCAAAGGUCAACUUGAAGAAAGCCUGGAAAAGUUUGAUGAAGCCAAUGGUAAGCACCUUGGCAUGUGGCUCCCAGGCUUUCCUGAACUACAGGUCGAUCUGGACUCUCCUCUCCUCCCUUCAAACGUCCAGUGCAGCCUCCUCUUCAUGGAUCAAGGCCUGAAGGAAGUCCUGGAAGACCAGAGGAGCAACCUGAACCCCAUGCAUGAUUCACUUUUGAAGACACUCCAGGACACCAUCUUCUACAUCCACAUGCUCAAUAAGUGUGUGAAGUACAGGCUCGGAGGCGACUGCUCCUCGAAGCCGCUGCCGCCCAAAAUACCCACGUAUAUGUUUGAGAGGAAGCAGUGGAGCCACACUUUGAUGAAGACAUCCAAGGGCUACAUGAAUUGGCUGGAGCAUUGCUUAAGUGCUUAUAUUUUGAAGGUUACAGUUAAAGAUAACCUAAAAUGGAAAUUGAAUGAUGUGUUGCUUCAGAAAUAUGUGAGAAAGAGUGGACAUCUUCUUUAAAGUUCCUCAGUUUGUGACGCAGACCUGCAGCUUUUCUUCCCCUUGACAUGUUUUUUUUUUUUUUUUUUUUGUAUUUUAUUUGUCAAGAAUACAGCCUGUUCACACCCAACUAGGACAUUGAUUACAUUCUGAGAGAUAAUAAUUGUGUAACUCUGAGUUUCUUCCAGUUCACCAAACAGGUUCAGUACUUCCCCCCAUGACUGGAGCACAGACACAGUCAGUGACUACAGCGGCAGGGUUUGUGACGCAGCUCACUACUUGCGCUGGUUGAUUAGUGACAGACAGACAUUCUACAAGGUGUGAAAUGAUUUGUGAAAUGAUUCAUACAAAUGAAAUGAUUUGUCAUGCUUAUUUUUAUUUUUUUAUUUUAUUUUUUUUAAAUGGCUACCAGGACAUGGAGACAACUUCAACAAAUGAAUUGUUUCAGGAACAAAUAAAAGACUUAAGGUGAAAAAAAG